UAUUUUUUACAUCUCUAUUGCACGUGUAGAAUUUGUUUUGACCACAAGAAUUUGUAUAGCCGCUUAUCUCUGCUCAUUUUAACGUCAAGUAUUAAGAAAAACAGCGGUUAAAGAUGAAGUGGACAACUGCAAAUAUCAAACAUGUCAAUUACACAGCAAAGCACGAACUGUAUGUGGGAACACACACGGGCUCCUUUAAACACCUCGUGCCUGCUUCCGACAAAACCCCUUAUGGACAAAACAACCUGAGCGAUUUGUGCACCUUGGGUAAAGAUUCCCGCAUCACUUCUCUCGCAUUCGGCAACGACGAUCAGACGGAGAUCCUUUUAGGCCGGGCCAAGGACGCCGUGGAGAUUCACUCCUUUAUAGAGAAGGGGCAUUCUAGGAAGACAGUAUCCUUUAACGCCUCUCCAAUCGUUGGCUUAGCCCGAUACAACGACACGCUUAUUGCCGGCAUCGGCAACGGACAGAUACAGAGCCUGAAGCUAGGGGCGAGCGAUGAGUCCGAGCCCAUGGUUAUCACCACGGGUAACCAAAUGGAUCACCUGCGCCAAUGCACGCAAGUCAGGAGCAUUGUAGCCACUGGCGGAAAAGAGCGUCAAAACAAUUUAAAGGUCUACGACCUAAGUUCCGAUGGCAAGCAGAUUUUCACAUCAAAAAAUUUGCCGAACGACUAUCUGCAGCUGGAGGUUCCGGUUUGGGACAGCGAUAUCGGCUUUGUGGAUGGGCCGAGUGUGCUUGCUACUUGCUCGCGAACCGGCUAUGUUCGCAUCUAUGACACGCGGAUGCAGCGUCGACCGGUUACAUGCUUUGCCAGCGAGGAGCACGGGAUGAGCUUUACGAGUCUAGUGGCAAAGGGAAACUUUGUUUACACUGGUACCACAAUGGGUGCUUUAAAGGCCUUUGACACUCGACGCAUGAAAACACAUGUGCAUACGUACAAGGGAUUCACAGGCGGGAUAAGUGACCUUCACUUAGAUACCUCCGGUCGCUUCCUAAGCUCUGCAAGCCUAGACCGAUACGUUCGUAUCCAUGACUCUGAAACCACAGUGCUGCUCUACCAAUGCUACGUCAAAUCAAAAGCCACUAAGAUUCUUAUCAGACAGUUUGAAAACGAGCCAGGGGUUUCAGAAGAAAUUGAGGAGGCCGCUGAGCUUCAAGUGGAUAGAAACGAGAGUGAAGAUAAGAGUGUCAACGCAACAUUUGUGGACAGUGAAUACGAACACAUGUUCGAUCAGAUGCCCACCGUGGGUGACAGCGAUGAGUCCGAGGAAGGGUCGUCUGAUAUUAAGCAUUCAAAGGCUAACCUAAAAAGAAAAUCUUUGGGACAGUCUUUAAAAAUUAAAAAGAAAAAGGUUGCAAAUAGUUGAAGCUACAUUUAUUUACUAAUAAGAAAAAAUAAAGAAAAAAUAGUAUAUUUAGAGA